AUGAUAUUCCUUUCCAUUGAAUAUGAUUCAAUAGUUGAACAGCUACAGAGGCGCUGACUUCACUUAAUGAAUUCUUUUUGAGGGAGAUGACAUUGAAGACAUUGUGUGAACGUUGACUCGCAUGACUGGACACCUUCUUCGGCUUGGGGGAGUUAUGGACCGGGAGAUAGACUUUCUCAGGUGUGAGCCGGUCUAACACUGGUUGCGAAGGAACGUUGAUAUGGAUGUUUAUACAAAUACACUGAAGGACUCAUAUGCGCUGUAAACACGCUGACUUAUAUAUUACAGAAUAUCUUUCUGAAUUUCAGACGAAGUUUAUACAAAAAUAAUAUUAUGAUUUAAUAAGUUUGUGAUUAUAUCGCAAUCUGGAUAUACUAAUUCUGGUGUUAAGCUGCGUUUGUCGGAAACAGGAGAGGAGCCUAUUUCUCAUGUUACCAUGACAAGACCCCAUUGUGCAUAGUGAUAAAUCUUCCUACGCCAUCCUUCAGUAACCAGUAUGGGAUGUGGCGGUUCUAAAGACACAGAUGAGUCCGCAAAAAAACCUAGGACGAACCAGCCAGCCGAGGACAACGUUUCAAAUGUUGAAAACCAAACUGAGGAAACCAGUGAGGUAAAUCACAAUACUGAUGACGUCACAUCAAAUCGGAAGAAGUCUGUGAAUAGUAACAACAACAGCAAGGGAGGUAACCGGACUUCCGGUAGAGGAAGGGGUGGACAAUCCAACAACGCAUACAAGAGCAACGGAAAACGCCAGGCUCCACCAAAAAGUAAUAAAGGCAACCGGCAAUCCGUCAACGAGAAAGGUUACAAGAAACGCAUCAGAGAGCAACUUUGGCAGGCUACAGACGGAAAGGAUGAGUUGGAAUUAGAGAACGCCAUCGCUGCAUUUGAGAAAAACAAACUUCAGGACAAUGGUGACUUGACGGAUGCCAAGGAGAAACUCGCUUACCUCAAUCUGAGGAAAGAGGUACGGGAUGCAAUCCUGAGGCGCCACCCCGGUGUACUAGACAAGGCUAUACAAAACGUAGAGGAAUCCCCGUACCAGUCAAACCUACAGCACUAUUUGGACCGGGCCCGGGAACUGAGACAUCACUUAACGGAGCUGGACACAUAUCGUCACGAUAUCCUGGAGAUGGACCAGGCCACCAUCUCAGAGAUUCGAUCUUACCACCACCCACCAGAUGGCGUUCGUGAGACCAUGAUGUCUACCUACCUCAUACUGGGCUACGAGGAAGACAAGUUGAUGGACUGGUCAGACAUUCAGUGCCUUCUUGGUCGGUACGGUAAAGAAAGUCUGAUGCGAGAGGUCAAAAACGCCGACACAGUGAACAUGACCGACCGGACGGUGUCACGUGUUGACGAUCUACAAUCGAAAUUUACGUCAGACAAGAUCCGUGCUGUGAGUUGUGGAGCCGCCACAUUCUACGUCUGGAAUAACAAUAUGUGUGAUAAGUUCUCCAAAGACAACGCUGGUGGUAAGAAGUCUACAGCAUCAAAUGAGGCACCUGUCACCCCGGCCAGUACGAAAGAACGGAAGAAAAACAAAGGCUAGCUUCGGAUAUAUGAUGACAUUCACUUCCGUUUUUCGAUCCAGGCGAAAUCUGUGAUUCUUUUUUUUGUAGGAUUUUAAACUGUAUCAUUACCAGGUUAAAUAUUCCGAUCGCUCAAAUAUUUGCCUAGUUAUUUAACUAAAUAUCAAUUUCCUAGAACAUUGCCGAAAGGGAAAUCAACGCAUUAAGCUGUCGUUACAAUUCCUUGUUGGAAAAUGUACGAAAUAUGACUGCCAUAAUGAGGAUAUUUACUUACGCAUGCUGAUUGGAGAAAAGCAACAAGCUUUGACAAAAUCUGUGAUAAAAUUAACUCUUAUUACAAAAAAUAUGUACAAUGCUGUGUAGUGUCAUUGGUCAUUUUUCUUUUAGAAAUAUUUAUUACAUUAAUUUAUCUUCAUCUUUUAUAGAACUAGAGUUGGUAUUGUAUUUAUUGUAUUGCACGUUUUCAC